UUCAGGUAAGACUCCUGGUAUGGUGCUAAACCAUUUAUAUGGUAACGGAUGAGCCUGUUAAAACUGACUGACACUUUUUCAAGGAGAUGCUGCUGGAGUCUGGACUGAUCUGGAUCCCAGACCUCAGUCUGAGGGUUAUUCAGAAUCACCUCUACAAAUCGCAGAAACAUGCACUGGCUUCAAAGGAGACCUGUGUCCUAAAGGGUCAUAUUGCCCAGUGGGUUCAUCUCUUCCUCAGCCCUGUGAUUCAGGCUCUUAUUGUAAUCAGACUGGUCUGCACACUCCUGCAGGCCUCUGUUUUGCUGGAUUCUUCUGCUCCACUGGCUCCUCAAAUCCCAGUGCUAUGCUUUGUCCUCCUGGACACUACUGUCCCCAGGGCACACAACUACCCCUGCCCUGUCCACAAGGCACAAUAAGGAACUCUGCUGGAGGAUCUAUUGCAGACGAUUGCCUUGAAUGUCCACCAGGAUAUUUCUGUGAGCGAAAAGGCCUAACCAAGCCCUCUGGUCUGUGUUCUGAGGGCUAUUACUGCCCUGGAGGACAGAACACAUCCAAACCACCAGAGUAUGUGUGUGGAGCAGGCCACUUCUGUGAAAGUGGCAGCAUCAUAGAGAGGCCAUGUUUCCCAGGAAGCUUCCAGCCCAGUCUAGGCCAACAUAGAUGUGAGGUGUGCCCUGCCCACUUUUUCUGUCAUGAAAACGGUAUGACGCAACCAUUCCCAUGUCAGCCUGGAUUUUAUUGUCCAGUUGGGGCAUCUAAUCAGCAUCCAUGUCCUCCAGGGAGUUAUGGGAACCUGUCUGGAUUGGCCGAGUCUUCUGAAUGCUCUCAAUGUGACCCUGGGACCUAUUGUAUGGGGUCAGGUAUGACGCAUGAACAAUGAUUAUAUUUUCCCCAGAGAGAACAUGCUAAUCCUGCUUGGUCUAAUAUGUGGAGCUGAUAUUAGUUUGUCUGUCCAGGAAAUGUGUCACCAACUGGCUCUUGCAGUGCUGGAUUCUUGUGUUUUGGAGGAGCCGUCCUUCCCUCCCCAAAUGAUA